CAAAAGAUUGUUUAUUUUCCUCCCACAUCCCUAUUUUCAUCCUGUGCACGGAGGAAGUGAGAGAGGGAGAGUGAAAGAGAAAGCUUGGGAUUGACGCCACUAGGCGAAAAUGGUGAACUUCAUGCUGAAGAUCGCUGCCGACCUUGAAAAUCUAACGAACCUCCAGCCUCAAGGCGGCUGCGACGAUCCCUCCUUCUCCUAUCUCUUCAAGCUGAAAUGCGGUAGGUGUGGAGAGUUGAGUCAGAAGGAAACAUGUGUGAGCUUGGGCGAAUCCAUUCCUCUUCCUGUGGGCAAGGGAACCACCAAUCUCAUUCAGAAGUGCAAGUUUUGUUUGAGGGAAGGAACUAUAACAAUGAUCCCUGGCCAAGGUCGACCGCUGACCCACAAAGACAGUGAAGCAGGAAGCUAUGCACCUUUGAUGCUAUUGGACUGUAGGGGUCAUGAGCCUGUGGGUUUUAUAUUCGGUGGUGGCUGGAAGGUUGAAUCUCUGGAAGGGACUAAAUUUGAAGAUGUUGACUUGUCUGGAGACGACUUCGCUGAAUAUGAUGAGAAGGGAGAGUGCCCAGUGAUGAUAUCCAACCUUCGUGCUACUUUUGAUGUGGUGAAGUAGAGUAGCACUACUCUCCUACUUGCACAUGUCUUGGUAAAUAAGACUGAUGGUUCAUCAUGAGUGAGGUAGAAACCUGUAAAUGGAAAACAUUUCAUGUAGGCAUGAAGCUAUAUCCAAACGUGGUUUGUUGUGAAUUGUUCAGUUUGUAGUAUAUGCUAAUAGAUACAAUGGCAAUGGUUCCACUAAUUAAUGAAUCACAUUAUGUUUGUGCGUUUA